CUUUCUCCUUCUAACUCAUUCCUCUGUUUGAUUCAGACAUGGGCACCCUUCCCGAUUCCUUCUUAUUCUCUCUGAUUUUCCUCUUCACCGUCGUUUCUCCAGCCGCCGCCGCCCUCCCCGGCGAUCCUUCUCUAAACCUUUUGCUUCCUCACCCAAUUUUGUAUCGCUUCAAGGCCAUACAGGAAACUGUUUUCGAUGCUUCUCCUUCUCCCCCACCGCCGCCGUUGCCCUCUCCUCCUCCACCGGAAGACAAACCCGUCUACUCUCCGUUCCGACCUAGCAUGGCGGUGGUUGUCGGCGUUCUCACUACCACUUUCUCUAUCACGUUCCUUCUUCUUCUCUACGCUAAGCACUGCAAGCGUGGGAAUGCGGUGGUGGUUGGGUACUCGAGAUAUCCCAAUUCGGUGAUGGGCGCUCCGAGCUUCACGACGAGGAAGAACUCCGGCAUCGAUCAGGCGGUAAUUGAAUCGCUGCCGAUUUUUCGAUUUGGGUCGUUGAGCGGUCAAAAGGAAGGCCUCGAAUGCGCCGUUUGCCUCGACAAAUUCGAGCAAACGGAGAUUCUUAGACUCCUUCCGAAAUGCAAACACGCGUUCCAUGUCGAGUGUGUCGAUACUUGGCUUGACGCCCACUCCACUUGCCCUCUCUGCCGCUACCGAGUCGACCCGGAGGACGUCUUAUUAAUUGAAGACGUCAAUAUAUUUCUCUACAACCCGGCGCCGGCGCCGCCUCCGCUGCCUCCGCCGCGGGAUUCAAACUCUAAGGAUGUAGUAUUGAACUUAGAACAGGGGAGAAAAAGUGGCAAGGCUGGAUCCGGGAGAGUCUCCGGCAGACACUCAUCGGUGGGUGAGAAGCGAACCGGUGAAUCCAGUCGCCGAGAUCCGGCAUUGUUGAGACGAUCCCUCGACAGCAAGAGAAGCGAAACGGUGGCCAUCGGGUGCUUCGAUCGGCACCGGAAGGACGGGCUACUUUUGCCGGACGAGAAAACUAAUCAGAACCAGAAUCAGAAUCAGAGCAGAUUUGAGCACCGGAUCAUAGUGUCGCCGAGGGCGCCGGUGGUGGUACAGGGGCAGCAGAGAUGGAGCGAUGUACAUGCGUCGGAUUUGCUGUAUCUACGGUCAGAAAUGAUAAUAUCUGACAGCCGCAGGUUCUCGGUAGCUUCAUUACCACCGGAAUUAAAGAGACAGCGACGGAUGGGGAUCAUGGGGAAGCAUGCCGGAAAAGGGACCGGGUUGAUGAUGGCAGACGUGUAAUAAAUAACGGUGUCAGAUUCAGAAAUCACGGACC